AUGGCAUCCGACCCAGUCAGUGAUGGCUUCGCGUCAGUUGGAGGCCACAACUCGGCAACUUCAGUUCCGGCGUAUCUCCUCACGCUCGUUGCUCUUACUGUCGCGUUCGUCUUUGCAUAUUCACGCCUGCAGAAAAGCAAGCGAGAAGUGGAGGUUGACUUUCCUCCCUCGCUCAUAUGGCCCCGGAAAGGGUCUCGGUUUGGGCUCACUUCCCGCCAUCAAAUCCUGCACAACCUCGACAACAUCGACCGCGUGUUUACCAAGUCGCCGCACAUCCUGAGCGCAGAUGUUCUGGGGCUUCGCUUGGGCAUUCGCGUCUUUGGCGCGCGGCUGACCAAGGAGAUCUCCGAAGAGUUCCUGGUCAUCAACAGAAAGCUCACGCAGAUAAUUGAGCGAUACUUUGUUAACGAUGCUUCUGCAACUGCGUCAAUCCAGGCCGCCGACAUACCCGGAAAGGUAGCUCGGCUGCUGAGCUUCUCACCUGAUUCGCAGAAGCAACACCAAUGGGAGCGAUCAGCAGCUAUCAAAGUGCUGUCGACUGAUUCUGAGGGACAAUCAGGAGCUGUCGAAGCUGACCUCGAGUCGCUCAUGAGAGACUUUGGCGCCUGCGUCUCCAUUCCACGGCUCUAUGGACAGGACUUCCUGGAUCGCAAUCCGCAUCUACUCGAAGACUUCUGGAAAUUCGACAACAACGCGUUCUCGCUGCUCGUCAUCGGCGUGCCCACCUGGGUCCCGAUCAAAUCCUUUCGAGAAGCACUCGCGGCCCGCACUCGUCUUCAUGAUGCACUUGAAGGGUUCUACAUCCGCUUGAACCAGUACAAGCAUGGCCAAAAAGUGGACUUCGAUGCGGAUAUGCGUGAUGUCAGCACCGCUGCAAUGGAAAGAAACGGUUUUCUCGAGGAGCAUGGCGUUCCUAUUCGUGCGCGAGCAGAGCUUGAGCUGGGCACCUUCUGGGGGCUGAAUGCCAACAUGCAGCCGAUGGUGUUCUGGCUUUUGCUCUACGUGUACUCGACCUCUGGACUAGUUGAUAAGCUGCGAAAGGAGGUCAGACCCUGUAUGACGCUGUCCACGGAAGAGUCAUCUCCGCAAAUUGCUGCCUUUGACUUCUCACGUCUGAGUCAUGAGUGUCCGCUCCUAAAGUCUUGCCUCUUCGAGACUUUUCGGCUUGUCGAGGACCCGACUUCGCUUCGUUACGUGUCAAAGCCCAUGACGGUAUCUGAUGGCAACCUUGAGCAUCACUUUGAGCCGGGAACCUGGCUCUCAGCACCCCACGCCCUCCUACAAUCCGACCCUUCGAUCUUCCCAGAGCCCGAAAAGUUCAUCCCAGACAGGUUCAUAGAGACAGACAAAGAAACGGGCCAUAGGGUCGCCCGAUACGGACGACUCAAACCAUGGGGCUCCGGGUCUGCGGUAUGCAAAGGCCGUACGUUUGCUGAGAAAGAAGUCAUGGGCAUUGUUGCUUGCUUCAUCACCUUGUGGGAUAUGGAGAAUGCCGAAGGCCCAUGGAAGCUGCCCGGCAUGAUUCCUGGAACUGGAGUCAAGCGGCCGCAAAAGCCGAUUCGAGUCAUCCUCAGGCGCCGAAGUCUCGAGUGA